GCGCCGCGGCCUUAUCGUCGCUCGCGCGUAUCAAAGUUCGACGGCAGUAGUAGGGACCGAGGGUAGAGUCCGACGCGGGCGAUGCGAGAUCGCCGCGGCCACUUGGACGCUCGUCGUCGUCGUCGUCGUCGUCGUCGUCGCCGUCGUCGUCGUCGUCCUGCGGAACUCGCCGUCAGCCGCCUAGCAGACCGCCUCCGAUGGUAGCGAUCACCACGUGUCGCGCCGCCGCGACGGCCCUCAGGGCCGUUAUCCUGGGCGCCCCGGCCUCCGGCAAGGGCACCGUCUCCUCCAGGAUCGUCCAGCAGUUCGGCGUCGCGCACAUCUCCAGCGGCGACAGGCUGCGCCUCCACGUGUCCGCCGACACUGUUCUGGGCAAGGAGGUGAAGAAAUACAUGGACAGCGGUAGCUUUGUGCCGGACGACACGAUGAUAUCCCUGAUCAGCAACGAGAUCGAUUCGGUGGCGGAUGGGAAUUGGCUGCUCGACGGAUUCCCGAGGACGUUGACGCAGGCGGAGCGACUGCAAAGGCUGCACCCAAUCAAUCUCGUGUUGAAUCUCGUGGUGCCGACCGACGUCAUUCUGGACCGAGUCAAGAGCCGAUGGGUCCAUCUGCCCAGCGGCAGGGUCUACAACAUCGGCUUCAACGAUCCACGAGUGCCGGGUAAGGAUGACGUUACGGGUGAGCCGUUGUCCCAGAGGAAGGACGACAAGCUGGAAGUCGUGCAGAAGAGGCUGCAGGAUUACGCAAUAAAGACCGAGCCGGUUGUGCAAUUUUAUCGCGAAAUCGGAAUACUAAGGGAGUUCCGUGGUAACACCACCAACGAAAUGUGGCCGACGAUCAGAGAUUGCGUGGCACAAUACUGCUGAGUUUUAGAUAUCAAAUUUUUAGAUAGAUCUAUUCAAAUACGUAUCAAACAAUUGCGCUGAUCAAUCGGAUCCUUAAAUAGAAAUAUGCUUAAAUUACUCCUUUUCCUCUUAGAGAUUUAUCUAAAAGGAAAAGAUUUUUUGAUAUUACAUUUAUACCAAUUCCUACUUAAAAAAUUAAGUAGAUAAUUAAGUAGUAAAUAUAGAGAUAUAUAGAGAGGGUCGGAUUAGAUUAGAUAAAAUUCCAGGCGCCUAAUUUUUUUCAGUGAGAAGAUUAAAACGAACAAAUAUGUUUAGACUUACUUGAGGCUUGUGAUUCGCUCGCAUCACGCGAUCUCGAGUAAUAGGCAAGAAUAGGCGCACGCACGUUCGGUAACAAUUGUUUUCUUUAUAUCUUGCGACAACGACAGGGAGAAUGCAACGUACUAUAACGCGAUUCGCGCGCGACGCUCUCUCACGCACACGAACGCACACAAGAGCAUGAAUGUCAUUAGGUUGCAAAUACGUGAUAUCGUCGCGUCGGCAAUAAUAAGCUUGUACACGUUCCCCGAUGCAGAACGCACCUAGAUAAUACAAGAUUUCACAGCGACUCAGAGACAUUGAAUCGUGCGCGCGUUAUAUCUUUUUUUUAGCGUUUGCACGAGCUACUAUAGCUGCUGCCGCUUAGCCAAAGUAUAGUACAAAGUAGGGAUUAUUAUUCGAUGAUAAUAUAAUGGGCGAUACUUUCCGGGAUGACGUAAUCACACAUUUCUCAUUUUAUUUCGAGCGUAUUAUAGCGUUAUACAGUUGUAAGAGAGAUAUAUAACAAUGUUGUGUACAUAUUCAACAGUAUAAGUACAAUAUACGCAUAUACAUAUGCAUAUAUA